GAUUGCCAGAACUGAGUGAAGUUGGCUGCAAAAAUUUUCUACACGCGUAAUAAAAUACCACUUCUCCGGUUUGUUGUCACGCUUUUCCUCGGCGGCAUCUCGGCUCUAGGAAAAUGUAUCCGCAGAGUUCCCAGAAGAAGUACUGGAAGUUCAGCAAUGAGCAGCAGCUGGCAACAAUGCGCGCCCGGCACAACCAGGAUUUCAUUGCCAAACACCAGGCAAAGUGGGACUCCAGCGGAAAAGCCGACUUUUUCCUGACCGUAGAUGAGGAGCGACAACUCCUGCAGCACUACUGUGUCAACAUGAAGGAGUUCUGCAAGAGAUUCGAGCCAGUGAUGCCGAAAUCUGUGAUUGGAUCAGCAUUUCACUACUUCAAGCGCUUCUACCUUUACAACUCACCCAUGGAUUAUCACCCAAAGGAGAUUCUGGCCACUUGCGUCUACCUGGCGUGCAAAGUGGAGGAGUUCAAUGUAUCCAUAGGUCAGUUCAUUGGCAACAUCAAAGGAGACCGCUCAAAGGCGAUGGACAUCAUCCUCGCAAAUGAACUGCUGCUCAUGCAGCAACUCAACUACUACCUCACCAUUCACAAUCCCUUCCGGCCCAUCGAGGGGUUCCUCAUUGACAUUAAGACGCGCUGCUCCCUGGUCAAUCCGGAUCGUCUGAGGACGGGCAUUGACGAGUUCAUUGAGAAGACUUACCUCACGGACAUCUGUCUGCUCUAUGCGCCAUCGCAAAUCGCCCUCGCGGCGGUGCUUCAUGCCGCCAGCAAAGAGCAGGAGAAUCUCGAUCAUUACGUCACAGAGUCACUCUUCCAGAACUCCAAAGAGAAGCUGCCUGUCCUGAUCGAGGCCGUGCGGAAGAUCCGAUCGAUGGUGAAGGCGAUAGACAUUCCUCCCAAGGAUGUGAUCAGGCAAGUUGAGAAGAAAUUGGAGGCGUGCAGGAACCAGGAAACAAAUAUGGAUCGUCUGUAAAUCAUUCUUUUAUAAAACUACUUGUUUCUU